AUGGAUAAGAGAAGCGAUUCGAGCGCUUCGGUUGCGUUCGUUGUCGAGGAGAGCUCUUCUUAGAAAGGUGAGGGCAAUAUGUCAAUCCUUCCUCGGGGUCAUCACUCAUUUCCCUUCAAAUUUCAUUUACCGGAGAGCUGUCUGCCCUGUAGUUUUGAAUCCAAGCCUUGCACCGUUAGGUAUUGGGUUAAAGUAACCAUUGAUAUUCCUUACGCGUCACCUCCUCAGGGGAUGAAGUAUUUUACAAUAAUCGGACCACACAUUGAUUGCAUGGAUGAACAAUACCUCGGGAGGGUAGUGUGGGAGAAGGGGAGGGUAGACGUGGGAGAGAAGGAGACGGCCUAUUGUUGCGGUGAAAGUAUUCGUCUGAAAGCGGAUAUUGAUAAUCAAAGUGAAGAAAAUGUGAGACUUAAGCUAAAACUGGUGCAGUACGUCGAGUUCUUCAUAGAAAGAGGAGUAUUAGGUCUGAGCAAAGAAGUCAAUCAUACGGUUCUUGAAUAUAGAGGCGAUCCUAUACUUCCCUCACAAAAGUAUCGUUUCGAGAGCUCAAACAGUUUUGUAGUGCCAGUAAUGCCCCCAACUCUGGUCGGCAUCUGUCGAUUACUUCAGAUUUAUUACGUUUUGAAGGUCUGGGUAGAACUGGAGAAGUCUGGCGAUGACCUGCACAUGAAUUUUCCGCUCACAAUAGCCACCUGUCCUUUUAGAAUACCUAAUUCUAAUCAGCAACCAAUCAUCGAAUACGACGUGUGUUGUGAUCACGUGGAGGGCGGUCUAUACAUGGGUCCUGAAUUCCAGUUGGGACAGGUAUACGAUGGCACGAUGGGUAUGGAGAACGGCGAGACGGUAGUACUGUACCGACCCGUGUAUGUAUGCGUCCGCAAGAAUGUGAGCGAUCACUCCAACGAAUCCACCGAAUCCAAGCACAUACCGGUGCAAAGUGCGGGUCCCAGUAGUGUAGCCAAUAAUUGCUGACAACUUAUAUAGCCCACAAUUAUUGUAUAUAAUUAUGCAUCAUUUCAUUGCAUAUUAUUAUAAAUAGAUGUAAAUUAUACUAAAUUUGCAACGAAUUCAUUACUUAUAUCUAAGCUCAAUAUAUCUUACACUUUAUUUUACUAUACUUUUUAAAAGUUUUGUUUCAAUCGAUUUGUUCAUUUCACACAUUUUACGCCAAUUUACUGUAUUAACGAAACCUUUUGUAUUAAGUUUCCUAUUUAAGAGCUAAACACUGAACACAUUGUUAACAUUUAGUUAUGAAACACAAUGUUUACGAAUUAAAUUUGAGAUGAUUUUGAAUGGUCUGCACCGAUAGUGUCGAUGCACUUCACUCUGGCGGUGAUGUGACGCUCCAAUCAUAACCAAUCACUUCCAAUCACUCGCACUCCCGAAGAGUGUCUAUGAAAUCCAAAUUCAUUUAUCGGUUGUAUUUUUGUUAAGAUUGUGACAGUCAUAUAGGGUUUACAUCCAAUAAUUAAAGUUACGAUUCAAAUACAAAGUACGAAAACAUUUUUGAAAGUUUAUGUAAUGACUGAAUAUGACAAUACAAUACAAUACAAUAUGUAGAUAUGAAUCGAUAGCAUUAGUUUAUCAACACAAAUGUCUUUAUAUAUUCAUGUAUUUCUCAAAACAAAGUAUCAAAUCAUUUAUAAAACGACUCAAACAAUAGCAUUUCAAUUGUGAUUUCGACCACAAAAACAAUUGUUUCCAAUAUGUUAUAUACAGUAGUAUAUAAGCCAUUGGCCAACAGUCCAAAGCCAGUUGUGCUGCAAUUCUUUGUCCAACAAUUCAUUUGACAAUUUGUUAAAUAAUUUGUAUUUUUCAAUAUUCAUGUAAUUCAAUAAACAACUCAAAGCUAA